AUGGAUCAAGUUAACGCUAAUGACAAUAAGGAAUCAAGAGAAGAAGUAAGAUACAGAGGAGUAAGAAAGAGGCCAUGGGGGAAAUACGCAGCGGAGAUAAGGGAUACCAAUAAGAAUGGGGUGAGAGUUUGGCUUGGAACUUAUGCUACUGCAGAAGAAGCUGCAAGAGUUUAUGAUAAAGCUGCAUUUGAAAUGAGAGGUCGUUUUGCAGUUCUUAACUUCCCCCAUGAGUAUCCAUCUUUCUCCUCCUUAUCAUGUCCAUUGUCAUCAUCUUCCUCGUGUUCGUCAAGCUAUUCUUCUGUUCAGAAUGGGAAUGAAGUCAAAGAAGUGAUUGAAUUUGAGUACUUGGAUGAUAACUUGUUGGAGGAGCUUCUUAGUUUGGAAUCUGACAAAACCCAGUUUAAGUAG